AAAAAAAAAAAUUAAAAGAAGAAGAAGAAAAUUGUGAAAAAGUCAUUAAAAAGUUCUCUAAACCAUAAAGUGUAAAGAAACAGUGUUUUUUUUUUUUUAAUAUCUUCAAAUUGAAAACAAUCAUUGAAUAAAAAACGAAGAAAAGAAAAUUUUUGUUAAAAUUUCAAAACUACGGUCCAAACUACACUUCAAUUCGUCAAUUGAGUGUAGUUUUCAAUAAAAGUGGCACAAAUUGGGUUGGACAUCGCUCCUAGAGCAUUAAUGGCUCAACCUAGGUAUGACGAUGGCCUGCAUGGCUAUGGUAUGGAUUCGGGUGCUGCAGCAGCUGCCAUGUAUGAUCCACAUGUUGGUCAUCGGCCGCCUGGAUUACAAGGCCUACCUACACAUCAUUCACCACACAUGACACAUGCUGCUGCAGCGGCGGCCACAGUUGGCAUGCAUGGCUAUCAUACUGCUGGUGCUGGUGGCCAUGGUACACCUAGUCAUGUAUCACCGGUUGCUAAUCAUUUAAUGGGUGGAAUGCCCGAAGUACAUAAACGUGAUAAGGAUGCUAUAUAUGAACAUCCCCUAUUCCCGCUGCUGGCGCUUAUAUUUGAAAAAUGUGAAUUGGCCACAUGUACGCCCAGAGAACCUGGUGUGCAAGGUGGUGAUGUUUGUUCGUCAGAAUCGUUUAAUGAAGAUAUCGCCAUGUUCAGUAAACAGAUCAGAUCACAAAAACCCUACUAUACAGCAGAUCCCGAAGUCGAUUCCCUGAUGGUGCAAGCAAUACAAGUACUUCGGUUUCACCUCUUAGAGUUAGAAAAAGUACAUGAAUUAUGCGAUAAUUUCUGUCACCGAUAUAUCUCAUGUUUAAAGGGUAAAAUGCCAAUAGAUUUAGUGAUUGACGAACGGGACACCACCAAACCACCAGAAUUGGGUUCAGCUAAUGGUGAAGGAAGAAGUAAUGCCGAUUCGACAUCACACACCGAUGGAGCUAGUACACCAGACGUUCGGCCUCCUAGUUCAUCAUUAUCAUAUGGCGGUGCCAUGAACGAUGACGCUAGAUCGCCGGGCGCUGGUAGUACACCUGGCCCUUUAUCUCAACAACCACCUGUCCUAGAUACAUCAGACCCUGAUGGUAAGUUCUUAUCAUCACUAAAUCCUACAGAACUAACAUACGAUGGUCGAUGGUGUCGAAGAGAAUGGUCAUCACCUGCCGAUACUAGAAAUGCCGAUGCCUCAAGGCGAUUAUAUUCCUCUGUCUUCCUAGGUAGUCCCGACAAUUACGGCACGAGUGCAAGCGGUGACGCCAGCAACGCAAGCAUAGGUAGUGGCGAAGGGACGGGCGAGGAGGAUGAAGAUGCGAAUGGCAAAAAGAACCAAAAGAAACGUGGCAUUUUCCCAAAAGUAGCAACCAAUAUAUUAAGAGCGUGGCUGUUUCAGCAUUUAACGCAUCCCUACCCCUCCGAGGACCAGAAAAAGCAAUUGGCGCAAGAUACCGGCCUUACGAUACUGCAAGUGAAUAACUGGUUUAUUAACGCGAGGCGAAGGAUUGUACAGCCAAUGAUAGAUCAAUCAAAUCGUGCAGUUUAUACACCACACGCCGGCCCGUCUGGUUACGGUCACGAUCCUAUGGGUUACAUGAUGGAUAGUCAAGCGCAUAUGAUGCAUCGCCCACCUGGCGAUCCUGGUUUCCAUCAAGCGUAUCCCCAUUAUCCUCAUGCGGCUGAAUAUUAUGGACAACAUUUGUAAAAAAAUCUGCUUUCAAAACUAAUCUCAAGCAAUUAACAAAAUAAACACGCUAACAAAUACGCCAUUAAGUGGGUGUAACAAAAUGUUUAAAAUGAAAUUAAAGACACGCGCUUAGUAUGUGAAAAAUGAGUAAACAAAUACUAGAUGGAAUUAAAGCGGCGACUAAACCAAAAUCUUAGAUCAAAAUCUAAAAAAAUAUUUGUAAAUAUAUAUAAAAUAUGAAAGUGGAAAUUGAGAAGAACAAGAAGAACAAGAAGA